AUGUUUGCAGCAAGAGCAUUUGGCCAGCAGGCUCGGAUUCUUCCCAAAUGGACUCAAUUCCGUUGUGUAUCGACAUUGGAAGGGUCUCCGCACAUAUAUGUGUUCCCAAAUGCUGAGCCAGCAAGCGGAACCCACAUAUUGUCACUGUUGCCCUCCGAGCCAGUCAACCCAGAUUUGGCUAUCGGAAUCUCGACUCAACUGCCACCAACAACAGAUUCCUUUAAAGAAAAUCCAAAAUUCUUGAAUAUAGUACAAGAAGCGUGCUCACAAUACGCACAUGAAGAUCCCGAUGCCAAGUCCCAAGCACAGGUCAUGGUGUCUGUCGCUGGGGCGAACCUGAACUCAGGCGGUGUGUUAUUAACCGGCCAGCGCGGAAGACGUCGUGGAGGCGACUCAAGAAGUGGUGCUAGUGGGCAAGGUGGUGCAGGUUCUGGUGGACGUGGGGGUUGGAUUCAUGUCUCUGACCAGAGACGGCCGCCUGACUAUGGGCGGAUUGCUUGGCCUGAGGAUAUGUUCGGAAGCCUUGAGGUGGAUGCCAAUGGUCAGUUCGUUGGAGAAAAUGGCAAUUAUCAACCAAGUGGUACCUAUCGUAUCCUGACCCGAGAUGGAAUUUUCGGAUUGAGUCCUUUCCUCAGAGAAAAGCUGGUCCAGAAGCUCCGAGAGCUAGAGAAAUGA